AUGGGUCUCAUUGCAGCUGUUAUUGUGAGUGCACUAGCCAUUCUCAGCUUCGCGGCUGCUACGCAAGUCACUCUUCAUUCGACGGGUACAACCUUCGUUCUCGGCAACGUGUCAUAUUUCGCGCCCCCAUCUCCAGUAUCUCGGAUUGGGUUUUUUGGACUACCAGAGCUCCUGAGUCUGGUUGGCAGCUCCACCGGCUCGCUCGUCCCUUUCUCCGUGAUCCCAACAUCCGAAUCAGACUUUGAUGACAGCGCACUUGACGUAGUGGCAAAAGCCUGGUCUGCAAGCGACGAUGUCUGGUCCACAUCAUUCAUGACCGGACUCUAUAUUAAGUACAAUGGUACUGGUCAUAAACCCUCGGUUUCGCUGUCAUCUUCAGCCAAGUCAAAGUAUGCCGUCAAGUUCCUUACAUCUUCUUCGAGCUACUCCGGCGGCAUCGCUCUCACAAACAGUCUGCCCUCUGGUCCAUAUCUAUUAGAACCAGCAACAGGCAACAUAUUUGAAGUUUAUCGUCUAUACAACGACGAACAGCAGUCCUUCGUGUAUGGUACUGUUCCCAACGGGAACGGUGGAUUCCAAGUGGCAUCUGCCAAAACUUCUGGCGCUGCGACCGAGAGUAUACCAGUACCUUCCCGCCUCUAUUUCACACCCACGGCCGAGAAACCAUUCGCUGGCUACCGCCUCGGUGUGAAAGACAUUUACGAUGUACAAGGCUUGCAUACUGGCUGUGGCAAUCGUGCAUACUGGGCGCUCUACCCGCCAAAGACUCAGACUGCGCCUGCCGUGCAACGUCUUCUCGACGGUGGGAUGGUCCUCGUAGGCAAGACGAAGAGCUCACAGUUCGCGAAUGGGGAAGUUGCCACGGACGAUUGGGUCGACUUGCACGCGCCGUACAACCCGCGUGGCGAUGGAUACCAAGAUGGCAGCAGUUCCUCGACAGGCUCGGGUACUGCGAUGGCGGCGUACUCAUGGUUGGAUUUCGCUAUCGGGAGUGAUACUGGAGGGUCGAUGCGCGGUCCUUCCGGUGCGAAUGGCGUCUUCGGCAACAGGCCGUCCCAUGGUGCAAUCUCUACGGAUGAUGUUAUGCCUCUCUCCCCUGAGCUUGACACACUUGGUAUCUUCUCUCGGGACGCCAAGCUAUGGACACAGGCAGGCCACUGGUGGUACCAGAACUUCACCUCGUACUCCCAAUACCCGAAAAAGAUUCUUUUCCCUGUUGAUUCGUUCGGAAGUAGCUAUCUGGCCGAACCUCCUGCGCCUGGAACAGUCGGCGCGACAUUCAACGCGUUCAUCACCCAGCUCGAAGGGUUCUUGGGGACGACGCGCACCGAGAUCAACUUGACCACCAUGUGGGACAGUACAAAACCGUCCAACGUAUCUUCUACCCUCCGGGAGUUCCUGAACACUACCUAUCCGACGCUCAUUACUACAGACCAAAUCGCCCUCCUCGCAGAGCCUUUCUUCAGGGACUACGCCGCGGCUACCGGUGGUCGUAAGCCAUUCAUCGACCCUGCCCCCCUUACACGGUGGGAUUAUGGCUGGUCACUCCCUGCUAGCGCUCAUAAUGAAGCUAUAGUGGAGAAAACAACAUUCAUGGACUGGUUCCAGAAAGAAAUCGUGCCCGGAGGCGUACCAGAUACAUGCUCAGAUGCUAUCUUCCUCUACCCCCAGAGCUCUGGUGGCACAACCUAUCGCAACGCAUACCCAGGACCUCCUACUACACCAUUCGGAUUCUCUUCAGGCCGUAUUGCUGUAUUCGCUGAGACCCCCGAUAUGGUGGUGCCUGUCGGCGAGGCGGCGUACAAUUCCACUAUUACGGGACAGAUAGAAUACCUGCCCGUCACCUUGAGUUUCAUCACGGCAAAGAACUGCGACUUGAUGCUUUUCAACCUCUUUGCUGCCUUGCAGGAUGCGGAUGUCAUUAAACCCGUUGUGACGGGAUCGAGAGUUUUUGAAGUGCCUCCGACCACAUACAUAUCAUAG